UUAUUCAAGAAAACAGAAAGAAGAAGCAGAAGCAGAAGCAGAAACCUUCUUCACUGAAUAAUGAAAACGCUCUCAUAUCUGAAAGAGGGGGCAAGGUACAUUUAUUGAUUCCUCCCCCGAUUUCUGUUUCAUUCUUUUUCAUUCUGUUUGCUAUUUUAGCAUAGUUGUGCUUGUGCACGCAUUUAGAGCUACAGUGUUUCCAUUAAAAUUCGUGGGCUGCUCUGUUUUCCUCUGUGCAUUCAAGAAAAUUAGGGAGCUUGAGCAAAAUGGCUUCUCUGAUUUCUUCACCUUUUCAAAUUCCUAGCUCAACAGUUGACCAACUUUCAUCAAUUUCGCAAAAGCGUUACUUUCUUCACUCAUUUCUUCCCAAGAAAUCCAGCCCAACCAACUCAAACUCAGCUUUGAAAUUCAAAUGUGCUGCAAUUGGCAAUGGAUUAUUCACUCAAACCACCCCUGAGGUUAGAAGAAUUGUACCUGAGAAUAACAAGGGCCUCCCCACCGUUAAGGUUGUGUAUGUAGUUUUAGAAGCUCAGUAUCAGUCAUCCCUUACAGCUGCAGUUCAAACCCUGAACCAGAAUGGAAAGUUUGCUUCUUUUGAAGUUGUAGGAUACUUAGUAGAGGAGCUUAGAGAUGAAAAUACUUACAAAACUUUCUGUAAGGACCUCGAGGAUGCGAAUAUUUUUAUAGGAUCAUUGAUCUUUGUUGAGGAAUUAGCCUUGAAGGUAAAGGCUGCGGUGGAGAAAGAGAGGAAUAGGCUUGAUGCAGUUUUGGUGUUUCCAUCAAUGCCUGAGGUUAUGAGACUCAACAAGUUGGGGUCUUUCAGUAUGUCCCAACUCGGGCAGUCAAAAAGUCCCUUUUUUCAGCUGUUUAAGAAGAAGAACAAGUCCUCCGCAGGAUUUGCUGACAGCAUGUUGAAGCUUGUGAGGACAUUGCCCAAGGUUUUGAAGUACUUGCCCAGUGAUAAGGCUCAGGAUGCUAGGAUGUAUAUACUUAGUUUGCAGUUUUGGCUUGGUGGUUCCCCUGAUAAUUUGGUGAAUUUCUUGAAAAUGAUUUCUGGUUCAUAUGUGCCUGCACUAAAAGGGACAAAAAUUGAGUAUUCUGAUCCAGUUCUGUACUUGGACACUGGAAUUUGGCACCCAUUGGCUCCUUGUAUGUACGAUGAUGUUAAGGAGUAUCUGAAUUGGUAUGGUACUAGGAGGGAUGCUAACGAAAAGCUUAAGAGUCCAACUGCACCUAUCAUCGGGUUGGUUUUGCAGAGGAGUCACAUUGUCACCGGUGAUGAGAGUCACUAUGUGGCUGUGAUUAUGGAACUGGAAGCAAGAGGGGCUAAAGUCAUACCAAUAUUUGCUGGUGGACUUGACUUUUCAGGCCCAGUUGAGAAAUAUUUCAUUGAUCCAGUCACCAAGAGGCCCUUUGUGAAUUCAGUGGUUUCAUUGACUGGUUUCGCUCUCGUGGGAGGACCUGCAAGGCAAGAUCAUCCCAGGGCAGUUGAGGCGUUGAGAAAGCUUGAUGUGCCUUACAUUGUUGCGUUGCCUUUGGUGUUCCAGACUACGGAGGAAUGGUUGAACAGCACUCUUGGACUGCAUCCAAUCCAGGUAGCUCUGCAGGUUGCACUUCCAGAACUAGAUGGAGGCAUGGAGCCUAUAGUGUUUGCAGGCCGAGAUCCCAGAACAGGGAAAUCACAUGCUUUACACAAAAGAGUGGAGCAGCUCUGCACUAGAGCAAUCAAAUGGGCUGAGCUUAAGAAGAAAUCAAAGACAGAGAAGAAACUAGCCAUAACCGUCUUCAGCUUCCCCCCUGACAAAGGCAAUGUUGGAACUGCUGCGUACCUGAAUGUCUUUGCUUCCAUUUAUUCUGUUCUCAAAGACCUUCAAAAAGAUGGCUACAAUGUUGAGGGCCUUCCAGAGACCGGUGAGGCCUUGAUUGAAGACAUAAUUCAUGACAAAGAGGCUCAAUUCAACAGUCCAAAUCUUAAUAUUGCUUACAAAAUGAAUGUUCGCGAGUACCAGAAGUUAACUCCUUAUGCAACUGCUCUGGAGGAGAACUGGGGUAAGCCACCUGGCAAUCUGAACUCUGAUGGAGAAAACCUUCUGGUGUAUGGAAAGCAGUAUGGAAAUGUCUUUAUUGGAGUUCAGCCGACUUUCGGCUAUGAGGGUGAUCCAAUGCGGCUUCUAUUUUCUAAAUCAGCAAGCCCACACCAUGGAUUUGCAGCUUACUACUCAUUUGUCGAGAAGAUAUUCCAGGCUGAUGCAGUUCUUCACUUUGGCACUCAUGGCUCCCUUGAGUUCAUGCCUGGAAAACAGGUGGGCAUGAGUGAUGUUUGUUACCCUGAUAGUCUCAUUGGGAACAUCCCCAAUGUCUAUUACUAUGCGGCAAACAACCCAUCUGAGGCCACCAUUGCCAAACGUCGGAGUUAUGCUAAUACAAUUAGCUACUUGACUCCACCAGCAGAAUAUGCAGGGCUCUACAAGGGACUCAAGCAGCUCAGUGAGCUUAUUUCCUCUUAUCAAUCCCUAAAAGACACUGGCCGUGGUUCUCAAAUUGUAAGCUCUAUUAUCAGCACAGCAAGGCAAUGUAACCUUGACAAGGAUGUAGAUCUUCCUGAAGAAGGGGAAGAAAUAUCAGCCACAGAGCGUGACCUUGUGGUGGGAAAGGUAUAUUCAAAAAUCAUGGAGAUUGAAUCCCGGCUUUUACCCUGUGGGCUUCAUGUCAUUGGUGAGCCUCCAUCUGCAAUGGAGGCAGUAGCGACGCUAGUUAAUAUUGCUGCAUUGGAUCGCCCUGAAGAUGGAAUUUCCUCUCUUCCAUCCAUAUUGGCUCAGACGGUGGGAAGAGAUAUGGAGGAUGUAUAUAGAGGAAGUGACAAGGGUAUCUUGCGUGAUGUGGAACUGCUUCGACAAAUAACUGAGGCAUCACGAGGAGCAAUAACUGCAUUUGUUGAACGAACCACUAACAAGAAGGGUCAAGUUGUUGAUGUUGCUGACAAGCUCAGCGCAAUUCUUGGCUUUGGCAUAAAUGAACCAUGGGCCCAAUAUUUAUCAACUACCAAAUUCUAUAGAGCUGACAGGGAAAAGCUUAGGGUGUUGUUCCAAUUCGUAGGCGAGUGUCUGAAGCUUGUUGUGGCUGAUAAUGAGUUGGGAAGUUUGAAACAGGCUCUGGAAGGUAAAUAUGUUGAACCAGGUCCUGGCGGGGAUCCAAUUAGAAACCCAAAAGUUCUCCCAACUGGAAAGAACAUACAUGCUUUGGAUCCCCAAGCUAUUCCAACUACUGCAGCAAUGCAAAGUGCAAAGGUUGUCGUUGAUAGGUUGCUUGAGAGGCAGAAGGCUGAUAAUGGGGGAAAGUACCCUGAGACUGUUGCACUUGUACUCUGGGGUACAGAUAACAUCAAGACAUAUGGUGAGUCAUUGGCUCAGGUAUUGUGGAUGAUUGGAGUUCAGCCAGUGGCUGACACCUUUGGACGAGUGAAUCGGGUUGAGUCUGUCAGCCUUGAAGAGCUUGGAAGACCAAGGAUUGAUGUUGUUGUGAAUUGCUCUGGAGUGUUCAGAGAUCUCUUCAUCAAUCAGAUGAACCUCCUUGACCGAGCAGUGAAGAUGGUUGCUGAGCUAGAUGAGCCAGAAGACCAAAAUUAUGUGAGGAAGCAUGCACUAGAACAAGCUAAAGAACUUGGGAUUGAUGUUCGCGAAGCUGCAACUCGUGUCUUCUCAAAUGCCUCAGGCUCCUAUUCCUCCAAUGUAAACCUUGCAGUCGAGAACUCUUCUUGGAAUGACGAGAAGCAACUUCAAGAUAUGUACUUGAGCCGAAAGUCAUUUGCAUUUGACUGUGAUGCUCCUGGUGCAGGCAUGACUGAGAAACGGAAAGUCUUCGAGAUGGCUCUUAGUACAGCGGAUGCCACAUUCCAGAAUCUGGACUCUUCUGAAAUUUCACUAACAGAUGUCAGUCACUACUUUGAUUCUGACCCAACCAACCUUGUACAGAACCUCAGGACGGAUGGGAAGAAGCCCAAUGCAUAUAUUGCUGACACAACUACAGCUAAUGCACAGGUACGUACACUGUCUGAGACUGUACGGCUUGAUGCAAGAACCAAGUUACUGAACCCCAAGUGGUAUGAAGGCAUGCUGUCCAGUGGAUAUGAGGGUGUUCGUGAAAUUGAGAAACGCCUGACAAACACUGUCGGAUGGAGUGCAACAUCGGGCCAAGUAGACAAUUGGGUGUAUGAAGAGGCUAAUACCACGUUUAUCGAAGAUCAGGAGAUGUUGAACAGGCUAAUGAGCACAAACCCGAACUCUUUCAGGAAGUUGGUUCAGACAUUUUUGGAGGCCAAUGGACGUGGAUACUGGGAAACUUCCGAAGAAAAUAUUGAGAGAUUGAGGCAGUUGUACUCCGAGGUUGAGGACAAGAUUGAGGGCAUUGAUCGAUAAACAUUCAAGCAAAGCAAAUGACUCUUGAUUGCACAUAACUCUGUCAAUCCUUUACCUCUCAAUAUCUGCCACUGGUUCUCUGACUCUCCAAGGGAUUUGCUUAUGGACUACACAACAUCUUGUGAUGCGAAUGUUCACCAAUUCCCCACUGUAUUUUACAUUCAUUUUUUGGGGUUUUGUUGUCAUUGUAUCGAGUGAUGAGAUACUGGUUUCGUAAAUGGAAAUUUCAACCUUGCCAUUCGCUUGAUCUUUG